GUUGUAUUGUUUGUAUUUUAGAAAUUUGUAGAUAGAAUAACAAAAUUGUGAAUUUUUUUGCAUAACUUAAAAAGUGAUAAAAAGCAUUGUGAUCCGUUUAAACUGUUAGUCGUUUAGACAGAUAAGAUAAAUCUAUAACAAAUUAAAAUUAGAAAGCGUACAUAGAAAUAUUUUUUGAUUGUUCUCAUGCACAAUAAUUGUGGAGAUACGUCACAGUAUAUUAAUAGGAUUUCAGUGUUUAUUUGAUUAGUGUUGGAAGUUUUUGCAAUGUAAGCGAAAAACUGUAACAAUUGUUUAUAUUUGGAUACAACUGAAGUUGUUUUAGUUUUUUAUUUAGGUCAUUUAAUCAUUAGAAUGCUUAAUGACCCAACUGAAUAAAAGAUACAAUUAUGGAUAAUUCUGAUGAAGAAAGUGAAUUAGAUCCCAGGAUUCAAAUAGAACUAGAAAAACUAAACUCCACUACUGAUGAAAUCAAUAAAUUGGAAAUUGAAUAUGAUGAAGAAAAUAAGACUUUUCGCAUGCUUCUAAAUGAAUGCACAAGGCGGCUCAAGUUACUAUCGAAAAAAUUAGGCAACUGUAUAGAAAAAUCUAGACCUUAUUAUGAACUCUUAGAGGUUGCAAAAAAGGCUCAACAAGAAUGUCAAGAAGCAGCUCUGUUGUACAAGAAGGCACACGGAAUCCAUGCGGCAGCUAAAGAAACUGUAGCUUUGGCGGAGCAGCAAUUUUUAACAAAUCAACACGAAUGGCAGUUUGACAAUGCUUGGCAGGAAAUGCUCAAUCAUGCUACUAUGAAGGUUAUGGAAGCGGAAACUAACAAAGCUGAAUGUGGUCGAGACCAUCAACGAAAAGCCAUAGCAUUUAAAGACAUAGAAGAAAAAUUAAAAUCACACGAAGACAAACUACACAAAUUCAUAUUAAAAGCUCGCCCCUACUUCGAUGAAAAGGCACUAUGUCAGGAUCAACUCAACACUCAAAAAAAUCGUAUAGGCGCGCUAAAACAAGAAAUCUUAAAUUCGAAACAAUUUUAUUCUCAAACACUGAAAAAUUUAGAACAAAUAUCCAACGAAAUACAUAUGAAAAGGAAGGGGAAGAAACAAGAGAGCGAUAUCCUACGGGGACCUCGGGAGCCAGGUGUCGGAGCCGAACUGACUUCAACUUUCGAAGAAAUACCGCUCACGAAACAGUACCAAUCACUGCCCGAUAUAGCAUCGGAACUAGACAAGUACGACACUUGUAGCGCCGUUCCCAGCUCUACGGUUAGUGAAAAAGAUGAAUGCGAAGGCCUAGAUAAUAUCGACGAUAUAGUUAACACAGUAGAUAAGCUACAUUUAGAUAGACCUGUCGAGGGUACCAGCGAAAAAGUAUUUGUGUCAGAAUUUCAUUUAGGGAAAUUGGGAAAUUAGUUAUUAUGUGUUGAUUGAAGACUUGAAUCGAUUUGAAAAACCCUUAAUAGCUGAUUUAGUUGGUAAGCAAUAUUUUAUAACAUAAAUUACCACCCAAAUCAACAUAAGAAAUUACUUGUAA